UCUCUCUCUCUCUCUCUCUCCCCUGCACAUUCACAUCCCCUCUGACUAGAAAAACCCACGUCUCUGUUGUCCCCGCCUCCCUCUCUCCCCCUUCUCUGUUUGCCCCCAAACCAUCUCUCUCUCUUUCUCUCUCUACCCUGCUUCUCUCUCUUUCUCUCUCUACAUAUGUCAAAUUAGCCCCUCUUCACUAUUCGUCACAGGCCCUGUUCUCUAUCCCCUCUCUCUCGCUAUGAAUUGACAACCCCACUUCCUUCUGAUCUCUUUGCAGUACCAGACAAACACCCACCUGGGAUACACCAUCGCCAUAAGCCAUAAAACAUAAAACAACGCCUCACAACCCUUUCUCUCUCUACAUCACAUCUCUCUCUCUCUCUCUCUUUCUCUGUAUAUCCCCAAGCUUUAAUGGCUGAACACCUUACCAGAGAGCAGUACGUCUACCUGGCCAAGCUUGCAGAGCAGGCUGAGAGAUACGAAGAAAUGGUAAACUUCAUGGAACAGGUGGUGAAGGCGGCUUCCUCUGACGAGCUCACUGUUGAGGAGCGAAACCUUCUCUCUGUUGCUUACAAGAAUGUAAUCGGCGCUCGGAGGGCCUCGUGGCGCAUAGUUUCGUCGAUUGAGCAGAAAGAAGAGAGCAGAAAGAAUGAGGAGCACGUUGCUGUGGUUAAGAAUUACAGGGCCAAGGUCGAGGCGGAGCUCUCUACUGUUUGUGCUGGGAUCCUGAAGCUUCUUGAUUCCCAUCUGAUCCCAUCUGCUCAUUCCAGUGAGUCUAAGGUCUUUUACCUCAAGAUGAAAGGUGAUUAUCACAGGUAUCUUGCUGAAUUUAAGAUUGGGGCCGAAAGAAAAGAAGCCGCUGAGGAUACCAUGCUUGCCUACAAGGCUGCUCAGGAUAUUGCGGUUGCUGAUCUGCCACCUACCCAUCCCAUACGACUCGGUCUGGCGCUCAAUUUUUCAGUGUUCUACUAUGAAAUUUUGAACUCUUCAGAGAAAGCUUGCAGCAUGGCUAAACAGGCAUUCGAGGAAGCCAUAGCAGAGCUCGACACAUUGGGCGAGGAGUCAUACAAGGACAGCACUCUCAUCAUGCAGCUCCUUAGGGACAAUCUUACACUCUGGACAUCUGACGCUCAGGAGCAGUUGGACGAAGCAUAGGGAGUUGCAGUGUGUUUGGCGUCCAGCCCUCCAAUACAGAAUUUGGACUUGAAAUGUUAUCUAACACAGAGGGUGGUUUUAUUGACAAAGACGUCAUACUUGUUCUCAACAUGUUUUAUAUUAGAGUUUACAACUGUUACUCAGCUUUGAUUCAAUAGAAUUCUCAGAUGAUGAUAAUGCUUUCAUUCAGUC